GGCUGUGGGGGUCACAGGGUGACAGGGUGAAUGAGUGUGACACACCCAGAGGUGGCGUGAGAAGGCAGCGUGACGGGCCCCGGGCAAUGGGUGUGACAGAGGGACCACGUGAGUGUGACCGUGUGUGUCCGCCACGCUGGUCAACUGUGAGAAACUGACGAUGUGCGACACACGGCAGGUGGGACAGCGAGAGAGGCAGCGCGCCACUGUGCGGGGCACUCGGAGAUGACAAUACGAGAGAGACCUUGUGCGUGUGUGUCCUUAACAUACUGGGUGACGGUGAAAGCGCGGGUGAAGUUGCCACCGGCUGUGAACACGACAGAGAGAAGUUCCAACUGCGUGUCAAGCCAUGUCCAACAACAUGGCCAAGAUCGCGGAGGCCCGCAAGACGGUGGAACAGCUGAAGCUGGAGGUGAACAUCGACCGCGUGAAGGUGUCGCAGGCGGCGGCCGAGCUCCUGGCCUUCUGCGAGACGCACGCCAAAGACGACCCGCUGGUGACGCCGGUCCCCGCCGCAGAGAACCCCUUCCGCGACAAGCGCCUCUUUUGCGUCCUGCUCUGAGUCUUCGCGACAGCUUACCCCCUCCCUCGCCAAAGAGUGAAUCCAAUAAACGUGGCGGCUGUGGUGGUA